AUGAAACUGCACGAAGAGCACGUUCGAAUAGGCCCCAACGAGGUAUCUGUGGCAGAUAUCGACGUUUACACAAACGCAAUCUACGCCCAAAACACGAACUAUCUGAAGGAUGAGCGAUUCUACAAGGCCUUAGAUAACCCUAGCACCACUCUCCUCACAGAAAGACGCAAAGACGUGCAUGCAUCGGAGAAACGGCUAAUGUCCCAUGCGUUCUCGCGUGCAAAUAUCAUCGGUUUGCAUAAUGCUAUUUACGGAAAUACGAAUCGCUGGAUCUGGAGGCUCCUCGAAUCCGUCGCCAGAAAGGAUAUGAUCCCGCUGUGGCAUGCGACACAGUGCCUCACACUUGAAAACGCUAGUUAUUUCAGUUAUGGUUCAUCCGACGGGACAUCAAGUAAGGAUUUCUAUCACCCUCUGUUCGCCGGAUUUGAAACCUUUGCUCCCCUGGCCAUCAUUUUCCAGCAUUUUCCUAUCAUGGCAAGCAUUGUAGGUUUUCUGACUAGGGUGUUCCCUUUCGGGUUUACGGCGCUCAACCAGGGUGCUAAAGAAGGACUUGAACGAUUGAAAUACUCCAAAUCCAUUGGGCAACUCGACGGCAUGGUCAUGUUUGAUAGCAUGAUGGCUCGGGCUCAAAAAGCCGGCGUACCUGUGGAUCCGGCCAGACUUGUUCAAAACGGGUCUCUAAUGUUGACUGCGGGUACUGGAACGACUGCUAUCAGUCUAACGGCUGCAAUCCAUCACCUCGUCUCCCAGCCACAGCUCUGGUAUGAACUGCAAAGAGAGCUUCUCGGAGCGUUCCCGAACCCGUCUGCAAUACCGAGCGUGUAUGACUUGGACAACGUUCCUUUACUCAAUGCCUGUAUCAAAGAAGCAAUUCGCGUUAGCGUUCCAAUCCGUGGGCGACAUCCACGAGUUGUACCAAAAGGAGGACUAUCCGUAGGCGGCUUGACGAUUCCAGAAGGUGUUAUAAUCAGCGCAUCGCCGCUGUUCCAUUGCCAUGACGCAGCGGUGUUUCCCAAUCCAGAGGAAUUCAAUCCUCAGCGCUGGAUUUCUGGAGAAUCCAAGCAAAUGCGACAUAAUUUCGUACCUUUUUCUCACGGAUCUCGAAGCUGUAUUGGCCAGAACCUUGCGAUUAUUGAGAUGCAGGUCGCAUUGAGCCAGGUGGUAAUGAAAAUGAAUCCCGGCGAGAUCGUUGAUAGAAAGAUUACGUAUAUCGACUACGGCAUCACGGUACCCGACUCACUAGUUAGAGUUACCCUUGGAACUUCUACCAAUUCCUGA